AUGUUCCUUGUUGUAUUCUCAGUGUCUUCUACUCAGAUUCCAAAACCAAGUAUUUUCAAGCUAGAUGAGAAUCAAAAAGCUGCACUUAUUUUAGAGGCAAAAAAUGAGGCUAAACCUGCGGGAGACAAAGAACUUGUCAAACAUGGAGGUAGCCUCUCUCAAGGCAAACCGGGAAUGUUAGUUCUGCAAGGACAGCCAGGAUACUCCAACCAGCCUGGGAAACCAGGAAGUGGUCAUCAGCAAGGGAGGCCAGAAGUUUCCAACCACCCUGGAAUGCCCAGUGCUUGGAUUUUGCAAGGAAAUCUAGGAGAAUCAAACCAAAAAGAAACCUCACAUGCUUUGAACAAGCAAGAAGAAUUGGGAUCUCCUACUCAGCAGGGGAAGCCCGGGUCUCCUAGCCAAAAUGGGAAGCCAUUGCCUCCUAAAGACAAAAACAAGCCAGGGUUGCUUAGCCAAAAAGGGGAGCCAACAUCACCUAACAAUAAAGGCAAGCCAGGGUCUUCUGACCAAGAUAUUCUAGAAUUCUCUAGUCAACAAGAGAAACCAGGCUCCUCCAACCAACAAGGGAAGCCAGGCUCCUCUAGCCAACAGGGAAAACCAGGAUCCUCUAGCCAACAGGGAAAACCAGGCGCUUCUAGCCAACAAGGAAAGCCGGGACCUUCUAGCCAACAAAGGAAACCAAGGUCUUUAUAUAAACAAGAAGAAAGAAAAAGCACAGAUAACCCUUCAAAGGAUGAUACAGUGGGGAUUCAGGUCGGAAGCAUGAUCAACAAGAUCCCAGCUGGUGGCAAACGGUGUGAUUCUGUUUACAAACCAGUCUGUGGUUCUGAUGGAAAAACAUACGGAAACGCGUGUGUCUUUAAGGAAACAAAGAGGCAUGACUUGGUUGAUGUUUUAUGUCACACAGAGCCAGGCUUCUCCAACUCAAAGUCAACUGCCAUCGUGGCCUUCCCAUCAUCUGGAGAGUAG